GCAUCUUUCUUGAGUCUUUCGUUUCCACCCCUCUACAGCAUAAAUCCAAGGACAUCAUGAAGAGCAAUCUCGCAAUUGGUCUUGCGCUCAUUGCGCCCAGUUCCCAGGCAUAUGUCUGGCCCAACCAGUACGACCACAUAGACGACUUGUUAUAUACCCAAUCCGGCUACAUCAGAGAUGGCACUCUUGGCGAUCCGGAGUGGGUACGAACCGCCUUUCACGAUAGUGUGACACACGAUGCGUCUACGAAAACUGGAGGACUGGACGCCUCAAUCCAAUAUGAGCUUGACCGGCCAGAGAACCUUGGCGCUGCACUCAACAACACAUUAUCGGACCUGGCUGGCGCCUACGACAUUCGCACCACGGCAGCAGACCUUCUCGCAUUGUCUCUAGUCAUGUCAGUUGAUCGUUGUGGGGGCAUGCGCGUACCACUGAGGCUGGGCCGGAAAGAUGCGCCAGAGGCCGGCAUCAAGGGAGUACCUGAGCCCUCUACAAGCCUCGAAACUACUCGCAAGCGAUUCGCAACUGCUAGUCUCAGUGAAGUCGACAUGAUCACUUUGAUUGCUUGUGGGCAUAGCAUUGGUGGCGUUCACUCUGUCGACCACCCUGAAAUCGUCUCUGGUCCAGUUAGCCCAGAGAACAAAGCCAGUUUUGACACCACCAAAGGUGUCUUGGACAACCAAGUGGUGGUGGAAUAUCUUAACAACUCCACCGCAAACCCACUGGUCAGCAACACCAACGAUACGUUGAACUCCGAUAAGCGUAUCUUCGCAUCUGAUGACAACAAAACCAUGAGAAAGCUCGCAGAUCCAGCUUAUUUCAAGUCGCAGUGUGAGGAUGUCUUUUCACGCAUGAUAGAUCUUGUCCCGGGAGACGUCACGCUCACCGAGCCCCUGCAGCCAGCAGAAAUCAGGCCAUACAUUGCGAAAUACGAAAUCAACAACGAUGGCGGUGUUGACCUCAGCGCCCACAUUCGUGUCCGUAUCACAGACGGUACUGGUCGUGACCCCGCAUCUCUCACCGCAUCCAUCAUUCCCAUUACGCGCAACGGCACCCUAGGGGAGGAGAUUAAUGCCACGAUGGCCACAAUGGCCGGUGGAACAUCGUCCGGCUACCAGAAUGAGCUAUUUCAGUGGUUCGAUGUCUUUCAAUCGUACAACGCCAGCGACGUUUUUGACUCGUUUAAAAUCCGUGUCAACGGUGAAAUCUACGACAAUGGCGGAACAGGUGGCUACCCUAUCAAUGGCGACGUGUUUUACCAAAGGGCGCAGACGUGCACCACAUUUCCUCCAGGUGGCCUCCCCGACUUCAAGCAGACCUUUGUUGCCGCUGUUUCAAAGAAGUUGUUGGCCAACGGAGCUACCCCACAACUCCGCGUGGUUAAGAAGAAUCUAGUUCAAGGACUUGUUAUUCCUAAGUUGAACCCAGUCGUGCUUCCUAUGGAGCGCACCUCUCAAGAAACAGCUGGAUACGUGUACUACACUGUUACAACGGAUAUGAACGCAGAGAGCGCAACUACUACCUUUGAUAUUUUGGUUGGCGAUUCAAAGGUUGAGUACCUUUCUGCAAGUACCACGAAUACCUGCCAGACUUCAGCAUAAAGAGCUGUUAGAUUUAGACUUUCUUAGAUACCAAAUAACAUAGAUUAAUGCUUAAUAAAUUCAAAAGAUUACCAAGGUUCAAUCCA